UAUGCACUUAACUGACUUUAAAUAAGAGUUGCUAUUAUCUAACUCGAAUUGACCAAAAAAUAUCUGUAUUCAUAAAAUCUAUUAUUCUUAGUAGGCUGUUGAUUUAAAUUCAAUUGUCAUUUGAUGUCACUUCAACAGAAAGUUACUCAUUUCAUUCGUUUUCUUACAGUCAAGCUACUUCUAAAACGCACUUUAAAUAUAUUCCUGAAAAUCAGAAAGUUGAAAAUUUUCAAUAUGCUUCUUACAAUUCUUUAUAUUCUAGGCCUCGUGGCUAUAAUCUUAGCGUACAUUAUGUAUAGCCUGUCGUUGAUAAGGGCGGACUUAAAGGAGUUAGAGUGGUAUGAAGAAGUGGCUCGUCGUAGAAGAUGGUUUGUAAAGGAUGAUGAAGGCCGUCCGAGAGCUGCAUCCAAAAGGCAAAUCCGUGAAGAAGUCAGGGAGGCACUUGAGAAUGGAUGCGAUGAAUCAAAUUCCCGUGAGUUCAAAAGGUUUGACGAAGCUGCUCGUCGUAGGGGAUGGUUUGCAGAGGAUGAUGAAGGCCGCCCGACAGCUACAUCCAAAAGGCAAAGCCGUGAAGAAACUAGGAAGGAACUUGCGAUUGGAUACAUUGAAUCAGAGUCCAGUGAUUUCGAGUGGAAUGACGAAGCUGCUCGUCGUAGAGUAUGGUUUGCAGAGGAUGAUCAAGGCGGCCCGAGGUCUACAUCCGAAAGACAAAUCUGUGAAGAAGAUAGGGAGGAACUUGAGAUUGGAUACAUUGAAUCAGAUUGCAGUGAGUUCGAGUGGACUGACGAAACUGCUAGUCGUAGAGGAUCGGUUGGAGAGGAUGAUCAAGGCGGCCCCAAAAGACAAAGCUGUGAAGAAGCUAGGGAGGAACUUGAGAUUGGUUGCAAUGAAUCAAAUUACCGUGAGUUCAAAAGGUUUGACGAAACUGCUAGUCGUAGAGGAUCGGUUGGAGAGGAUGAUCAAGGCGGCCCCAAAAGACAAAGCUGUGAAGAAGCUAGGGAGGAACUUGAGAUUGGUUGCAAUGAAUCAAAUUACCGUGAGUUCAAAAGGUUUGACGAAGCUGCUGGUCGUAGAGGAUCGGUUGGAGAGGAUGAUCAAGGCGGCCCGAGGUCUACAUCCGAAAGACAAAUCUGUGAAGAAGAUAGGGAGGAACUUGAGAUUGGAUACAUUGAAUCAGAUUCCAGUGAUUUCGAGUGGACUGACGAAACUGCUAGUCGUAGAGGAUCGGUUGGAGAGGAUGAUCAAGGCGGCCCCAAAAGACAAAGCUGUGAAGAAGCUAGGGAGGAACUUGAGAUUGGUUGCAAUGAAUCAAAUUACCGUGAGUUCAAAAGGUUUGACGAAGCUGCUGGUCGUAGAGGAUCGGUUGGAGAGGAUGAUCAAGGCGGCCCGAGGUCUACAUCCGAAAGACAAAUCUGUGAAGAAGAUAGGGAGGAACUUGAGAUUGGAUACAUUGAAUCAGAUUCCAGUGAUUUCGAGUGGACUGACGAAACUGCUAGUCGUAGAGGAUCGGUUGGAGAGGAUGAUCAAGGCGGCCCCAAAAGACAAAGCUGUGAAGAAGCUAGGGAGGAACUUGAGAUUGGUUGCAAUGAAUCAAAUUACCGUGAGUUCAAAAGGUUUGACGAAGCUGCUGGUCGUAGAGGAUCGGUUGGAGAGGAUGAUCAAGGCGGCCCGAGGUCUACAUCCGAAAGACAAAUCUGUGAAGAAGAUAGGGAGGAACUUGAGAUUGGAUACAUUGAAUCAGAUUCCAGUGAUUUCGAGUGGACUGACGAAACUGCUAGUCGUAGAGGAUCGGUUGGAGAGGAUGAUCAAGGCGGCCCCAAAAGACAAAUCUGUGAAGAAGAUAGAGAGGAACUUGAGAUUGGAUGCAAUGAAUCAAAUUCCCGUGAGUUCAAAAGGUUUGACGAAGCUGCUCGUCGUAGAGGAUCGGUUGGAGAAGAUGAACAGAAGAUGAAAAAACAGAACAAAAUUACCAUAUAAUGGUUUCUACAAUACAGCAAGGGGGAUGGAGGGUUGUGGAAAAUUGUUCAUCAUUUUCGCUGGCCACUUAAUCACCGUGAGCUGUCGCACUUGUCGUAAUACCCACUGUAAUACAAGCCGAGCUAUUUGGGGGAAAAACCCGUUUUCUGCGUGGCACUCUGUAGGCACUUUGCACUAAGCAUAAAUUUCGCAGCAGUUUGACACGACACGGAGGGAACUCAAAUUAUAUGCGAGUACAUGGAUUGGGCGUGUUUGGCUGUAUGGGUGUGCACACCCACUGACAGCUGUGCAUGUGUGCGUGUGUGUAGAACAAGCCUUCAAAUUGCCCCGGGGACUUUGGCAGAGUGCAAUGUCUGUCAACACUAAUUGUUGGCUCCUGCUCAGCCGCCCGACUGCUGUCUUUCGCAACAAUAAUGUCGUGUGUUCCCGUGGAUGUAUUCCUGUGUUGGGCUCCUCAAAUACCGCCUG